AUGGGUUGUAAUAAAGUGCACUCGGAAACUUCAAGGGUGUCAGAAUAUCUACAGAAUUUAAUUCUCGAAGGGAAUCUGAAUCAGUUUGAAGCGUCUGUGGUGCGCAUCCCAAUCGAUCGACAAGAUAUACACUAUGUGAUGACGACGUGUCGUGCGAAUCGACUUCAUGAUGGUAUCAUUUAUGUGUACAAUAAAGCGCUGUCUGAUUAUUUGAGUCCGUUGGAGGAGAUGUUUGAGAAUCUGUCUGGAUUUGUGGACGGUGAAGUGUUGUCGGACUGUGAGAUAGCGCAAGGCAAUAAGUUGCUCUUGUAUCUGCAGUGCUGUCUUGCGGGUCGCGCUUAUCCGUUCGGAUCGUUGCCAGAUGAUCUUGUCGACAAGAUACCCCUACAAACUUAUCGAUGUCUCAUC